AUGAGUCCGACAAACAGCAGCGGCCAACGCGGCAUCCCCGAUGAUGAAAUGUUUCUCGGUUCAUCCACCGCUGGCGCUGGCGCUGGAAAUCGGCGAGACGAUGAUCGCGAAUCCCCCGUCGUGGGACCGCUGAGAAUCAGUAAACCGCCAUCCGGAGUGCCAAACCCGCAGCCAACAUCUUCGUCAUCGUCUUCGUCUCUCCCGUAUCCGGAUGACCGGGCUCGACUGCUGCAGCAACAGACUGUUUACGAUGCGCCACCGAAUAGCCACCAGCAGCAGCAGACUCCAUAUCCUCAGACAGUCUACCCCGCGCCACAAGGAGCAGGCCGUGUCGCGAGUCCUCCGGUACAGCAGCAGCAGCAACAGCAGUACCGAGUAGCAUCUCCUGGCAGUGCGCUGUCUCCUGCAGAUUACCCUUCGGCUUUGCGACCUCAUGAGCCGCGCGAGAACAAGCCUUCUCUGGCCGAAAGGCGUGGCAAUGCGCCUCCCAAACCGUUGCCAGAGUCGCCCAUCACAGAUAAUAUUAAUAACUCAGAGCAACUCUACCAGAGAUUCCCCCCUCCCACGAGCCACCAACCGCAGCCACAGCCGCAGCACCAGCAGCAACCCGUGGCAGCUGAAGCUGCGAAUCCGGCGAAUUACAAUCAGCAGUACUUUCCGCCGCCUCCUUCAGGCGCGGAAGCCCGCCUGCAGCCACCCGGUACAACAAACUCGAUCAAUAGAAUCAGCUCGACGGCAUCGACCUCGACAACCAGGGCGCAACGGGGAUCACCGCCGCCUCCAGAAACCCCCGUCGUGGGUCCUAACCAACAGCCGGGUGCAGACAUUGAGGCGAGAUUUGCAGCUGCUGGAAUCGCUGGCACGUCUACGCUGGCAAGCUUGCAGUCGCAUAACGCUGCUGCCCAACAGCGCGCAAACCAGUAUGCCAGUCAGCGUCCAAUCCAGAGACCUUGGACGCCUACCGAACAACCGGGGACACAGCCCCAUGGCCCACCUACGGUAUACCAGGGUGCAAAUGAAAUCGGGAACCAACAACAACCACAGCAGCAGCAACAGCAGCCGCAACAACAACCACAAGCAGCCACCCCAGUACCGGCUCACCCUGCUACUACACAGUCCCCUGCCCCCUCUAGCCAGAGUGACCGACCUGUGAUUCCUCCCAACGCCCUGGAGCAGGAUCUACACCGAAUGCAGCUUUCCUCCUCACCUCCUCCUGCAUACUCGAGCGUUUCCGGGUCGAACCAGUCUCAAUCAUAUCCUAAUGAAAAGGGACGCCCUGCAGCAGUUGCUAUUGCGCCUCCACAGGGCCACCCAGCUUCAUCAGUUCCACCGUCAACCGCUGGCUCGGCCGUCGGUGGUCCUGUUGCUGCCGCUGCUAGCAUUGCUCCGCUAAGCUCUCCGGCUCCCUCGGUCCAAAGUCAUCCAGCCUUUGCCAACGAUCCUAGACAACAGCAGCCAGGUACAUCUCCACAACCGGGUUACCAACAAGCAAACGCUACCCCUGAACAACAAGCUCAAAUAAACGCAUCUCCGGCUCCUGGUAUUACGCCGGCCUCUCCCCCGCCAUUGCCUGAAGGUUGGAUUGCGCAUUUGGACCCAAACUCUGGCCAAUACUACUACAUUCAUAUUCCUACUCAAUCAACACAAUGGGAGUUUCCAAAGGGUCCCACGCCGCUCAAUCUUAACGAGACUCCUCUAUCCCCCGUGGGAAGUGUUUACAGUGCCCACCCUUUGACAUCACCUGCAUUUUCUACUUUUGGAGGGAAACCUCUUGCCUCUCCGGGCAUGCCGAUGACACCAAUGUACGAAGGAAGUGUGAUGGGACUUAGUACUGCGGGCACCGUUUCUGGCCCUCCGCCCAUCAGUGGAGUUGAACUAUACAAAGUCGCCGCUACAAACGGUGUCUAUUUUGGUCCCUAUCUGCGGUAUUGUAACAUGGACCUUGAACGAGGUCUCUGGCUAGGGUCCAUUCUCCUCGUCACAGACGCGCCUCAACCCCCGACCAUUCAUAUUCACCAAAGCGUCGAUCUUUCGCCUAACCCGAGGCAAUUAAAGGCUUUGAAUAUCUCGCAGCAUCAGCGAUGGGUGUUUUACAAGUAUGACAUUGAUCUACAAAUGGACGAUUCGGGGCCUGCAAAAUGGACAUAUGCAAUUACGUCUCACUUGGGCUGCACACGCUACGAGUUCUUGGUCGCUGGACGACACGAGACAAACUGGCGGUUCAUUGCCACCUCGGGCAACGACUUUGCUCUCAACGUUAAUGCAAACGAACGAGCCCGCCUUGGCGGCGUGGGGUUUAUGUGGAAAGAUAUAAUGCAGAAGCAUGCUGAGGUCGGUGGAUUCCAUUGCCAGCUCGGCCUCGGUGGCCAGAUCUUCGCGGACCGGAUCUGGAAAGAGAUUCCCCUUCUCAAGCAGUGGCUGGGAAUUCGUGGGAAAGACCAACGAAAAAACGCGCCUUGGACCCCGUCACAUGAGGAGGAAGUAACGCAUGCUUAUUUCCAUUUCUAUACGAGUCAUUUUGAUCAGCCGCAUCUUCGAGAAGCGUUUGCCCAGAUACCGUACAUUCUACAGCUAGACGACCAUGACAUAUUCGAUGGCUUCGGGUCGUAUCCUCAACACAUGCAAUUUUCAAACAUGUUCAAGAACAUCGGCCGCGUCGGCAUUGAGAUGUACUUGCUCUUCCAACACCACACCACCCUCGAGCAGCUCCGGCAGCUGAGCACCGACCACGAUCUUUUUACAAUUACAGGCACGGGUUGGCACUUUGUGAAAUACCUGGGACCGGCCGUUGUCGUUGUCGGGCCCGAUUGUCGAUCAGAGCGAAACCCGCACCAAGUCAUGGCUGGUCCAACAUACCAAGGCCUGUUCCCCAAGAUCGCACUUUUGCCGCCCAGCGUCCAGCACUGCAUCUGGAUGAUUUCCGUGCCUUUGAUCUACCCACGCCUGGAAUCUACAGAACAAAUAGCAAAUGCCGUGGCUACCGGCAAGAAAGCCGUCACCGGCGCGUACAACCUCCUGGGCAAAGUCACCAGCUCUGUGGCCGGUGUUGUUGGCGCCAAAGAUGCUGUGGGCUCUGGGUUUGAUGCUGUCAAACGGGCCGUUGGCAAGACUGGCCUGAUGGGCGGCGUGCUGAAUCCCUUUGGCGAAAUCGACAUCCUCGACGAGCUUCGAGACCAAUGGACUCAUGAAUCCAAAGACCUCGAACGCACAUACUUGAUCCGCACGUUACAGGGGAUUGCAAAACAAAAGUCAAUUCGUAUGACUUUCCUGUCUGGUGCAGUCAACGUUUGUGGUGCCGGUCUGGUCCACGAUCCAAGCCAUCCUUCAGACCAUAAAACCAUGUAUCAACUCAUCACGGCGCCCGUCGUCAACACCCCUCCAUCCGCAUACAUUCUAAAACUGCUGCACAACAACAAACCACUCUACGUGCCCGCCAACGGGCAACGCUCAACCCCAUCCCAGCCAUCAGAUACCAAAGAGGAUAUGCUGGAACUCUUCCAAACAGACGUCACCGGCCAGCCCAGAGAGUAUCGGCGCCUAAUGGGCCGCCGCAACUACGUCGCUAUUGUCGCGUAUGACCCGGAAGUUGUUUCGGGAACAUUUGGCCAGACGGAUAUGCAGCGGGGCGCUGGGAAGCUCAGUCUGGCGGCCGACUUUAUGGUCCAGGGUGAAGGCGCGUAUGGAAAUGUGGUCAAGUAUGGGCCGGUGAUUGUGCCGAAUUUGGAAUUUGGCCGAUAG